AUGGCUUCCGUGUGCCUGACGCAGAACCCUAAUUCUAUCAGUUUUAGCUCCAUAGCUUCCGAUCAUUUGAGGUUUGGUUCACCUACUGUUGAAUUCGGCUCCGUCAAGAAGUAUCGGAGAGAUAGAGCUGUCGUCUGCAGAGCUUCCUCGGUUGUCUUUCGCAACCUCGAUGCCGAUGACUUUCGGCACCCUCUCGAUAAACAGAACACGCUGAUUUUGAGGGUGAUUCCAGGAUUGAAUGAGCUUGGAAAGAUUCUUCUAGGAUCCGUUUCAGAGCAAGUCAUGCUUCUUGAGAAUAUUGGAACAUCCCUUCUUGUUUCUAAAGAUCAGCUUUCUGGUCUACAUCGAUUGAUGGUUGAGGCCGUGGAAAUCCUCAAUAUUGAUGCUCCUGAUCUAUAUGUUCGUCAAAGUCCUGCUGUUUUGGCCCAUGAGUUGGGUCAUCUCAAAUGCGACCAUGGUGUAUGGCUGACAUUUGCAAAUUUUCUUACCCUUGGAGCUUAUACCAUACCUGAUAAGGUGCCUGAUACUUUUAUCCUUAGUUAA